AGUAAGUCGCCAUACACUACAUAAUCAAACCUCAUAAAUACAAUACAACCACCACACCAACACCCACACAAACAAUGGAAGGAGAAAUCAAGAACUUCAUUCUGGUAUGGACCACAGUAGUCGCAUCCCUCUGCUACUGCCACGCCGUAUCCAAACACCUCCCCUCAACCGCCACCAACCUCCGCCGCCUCGCCAUCCUCCCGAUCGCCCCCCUCUUCUGGCUCCUCCCCCUCAACCUCACCUCCAUCCACCUCGGCGCCGUCACCUCCUUCUUCAUCGCCUGGCUCGCCAGCUUCAAGCUCAUCCUCUUCGCCUCCGCCUCCGGCCCCCUCCACUCCACCCCACCCCUCCCCCUCUCCCUCUUCCUCCCCUUAGCCUGCUUCCCAAUCAAACCCCAACACCCUUACACCAAACCCUCCCCACAACAAUCCCACAUCAACCUUCCCACCAAAAUCACCAUUUUAGCCCUCCUAAUCCAAGUCUACACCUACAAACACCACCUCCACCCCAAACUCAUCUGGUGCUGCUAUUGCAUUCAUAUUUACUUCAUGCUCGAGAUCCUCCUCUCCCUCGCUGGAUCCGUCGCCAGAGCCUUCACGAGAAUCGAGAUCGAGCCGCAGUUCAACGAGCCUUACCUGGCCACGUCGCUGCAGGAUUUCUGGGGGAGGCGGUGGAACCUCAUGGUCCCCAAGACCCUGCACCCAACGGUGUACCUGCCAGUGAGGCGGGCCGCGGCCCGCCUCACUGGCUGGAGGUGGGCCGCAAUCCCCGCGGUCCUGGCCACCUUCCUGGUCUCGGGCGUCAUGCACGAGCUGGUGGUGUACAACUUCGGGAGGGUGGUGCCCACGGGCGAGAUGCUGGGGUUCUUCUUGCUGCACGGGGUGUCGCUGUCGGCGGAGAUCGUGGUGAAGAGGGUGGUGCCGGAGAGGUUUUGGGUGGGCAGAGCGGUGUCCGGGCCGGCGACGGUGGCGUAUGUGGUAUGGAGCAGUUUUUGGCUGUUUUUUCCUCCGUUUCUUCGGGCAGGGGCGGAUGUCAAGGGCUGCACCGAGUCGUUAGCGUUUGUGGAGUUUCUGAAGACUCGGCGGCUGGUCAGCCCGGCUGAUCUCAACUGUCCGUUUCUUUAAUUUGUAACUAAUUUGUAGCUAAACUCGCGGCUGUAAUUCUUCUGGUUUGAAGAUUGUUUUAUAGAUUGUGUCAUGGAUAAAGAAUAAAGAGUUAAUUGACGAAAA